AUGGUGGUGCGGCGGCUGGGCGGCGCGGGGCGCGCGCUGCUCACGCUCCCCAACAUCCGGAGGCGGGCGUCCAACUCCUGGGCCGCCGUCUGUGAUACCUUCUUCUCCACCAAGCAAGUGUUCGAGAACCACCGCAUCGUCUUCACCGUCGGCACCUCCAUCGCCUCCGUCCUCACGGCUUGGGCCGGCUAUUCACUUCGCCAGGUGCAUCAAUCAAGGAUUGAAAGGAGGCUUGAGUCAAUUGAAUCAUCUCUGAAGGGUAACCACAAAGUUGAACAUGAAGAGAUAAAAAAGAUCGUCACUUCCAGCAAUAUUAGCGCUCCAGCCUGUGUAGCCACAGCGAUGACCACAAUGGUUGUUGGGUACACGCUGGGAUGGCGAGGCGGUGCUUGGUACGCUCGAAGGGCCUUCAGAAGAGAGCAACAAAAGAUGAUGAUGGGUCACAUGAAGUCACAAAACAGAUGGCACUGGCGGCCCUUCAACAGACUCCAAAACAGUCUUAGGAACAGCAGGAGGAGGCUCCGCGUGGAGGCGAUCAGGACGCAGAGGGAGAAGCAGGGGGCGGAGGUGGUCGUCGAGGAGUCCGCCCCCGCCAGGGCUGCCGCCGCGCCCCUGGACGGAGUCGGAGCGGACGACCCCAUGGUUCCCUCCUCGGACGAGAGCUGGGUGGUCAGACUCGAGCAGUCGUUCAACAUUUUCGCUACGGAUUCGGUGAUAAUGGUACUCAAGGGCGUGUACGGUGAUCGGUACUACGCCAGGUUCUUUGCGCUGGAGACGAUUGCCAGGGUGCCGUAUUUCGCGUUCAUAUCGGUGCUUCACUUGUAUUCGACCUUUGGCUGGUGGAGACGAGCUGAUUAUAUAAAGGUUCACUUUGCGCAGAGCUGGAACGAGUUCCAUCACCUCUUGAUCAUGGAAGAAUUGGGUGGCAACUCUUUAUGGAUUGACUGUUUCCUUGCUCGGUUUAUGGCGUUUUUUUACUACUUCGUGACUGUUGCGAUGUACAUGCUGAGCCCACGAAUGGCAUAUCACUUUUCUGAAUGUGUGGAGAGACAUGCGUAUUCCACCUAUGACGAGUACCUCAAGCUCCAUGAAGAGGAAUUGAAAAGAAUACCAGCUCCAGAGGCAGCAUUAAACUAUUACCUGAAUGAAGACCUUUACUUAUUCGAUGAGUUUCAGGCAUCAAGAAGUCCAGGUUCUAGGAGGCCUAAAAUAGAUAACUUAUAUGAUGUAUUCGUCAAUAUACGAGAUGACGAGGCAGAGCACUGCAAGACAAUGAAGGCCUGUCAAACACAUGGAAAUCUUCGUUCUCCUCACUCAACGCCGAACUGCUUAGAAGAUGAUACGGAAUGUGUAAUACCUGAAAACGAUUGUGAAGGUAUUGUGGACUGUGUCAAAAAGUCCCUUACAAAGUAA